CCCUUUCACAGAUAACAUGGCCUCAUCAUUACCCUCUCUGGUUGUAGUGAGGAGGUGCCAACCUGAGCUGGUAACUCCUGUUAUACCCACUCCUAAUGAACUUAAACCACUAUCCGAUUUAGAUGAUAGAUACAGCUUGCGUGUCCACGUCCCAGUGAUACAAAUUUAUCGUAACGAACCAUUAAUGGAACAGACAGACCCAGUUGAAGUGAUUCGGAGGGCACUGGCAAAAACACUUGUCUUCUAUUACCCAUUUGCGGGUAGGCUUAGGGAGGGUCCUGGUCACAAAUUGAUGGUGGAUUGUACAGGUGAGGGAAUCUUGUUCAUUGAGGCUGACGCAGACAUAACACUUGAUCAGUUUGGUGACACUCUUCAACCUCCAUUCCCAUGCUUCCAAGAACUUCAAAUUUUCAUUAUAAAAAAUGAAUGUACGUCACUCCUUUAUAAUUUUGAUCUUAUUAAUUUGUUGAUGUUUGAUGUUAAAUGAUGAAAGGUGACACGUCUUAAGUGUGGUGGUUUCAUCCUGGCCUUCCACUUCAACCACGUGAUAACUGAUGGGGCUGGUAUUGCACAAUUCAUGAGAGCGUGGGCUGAAAUGGCUCGAGGUGCAUCCGAACCUUCCAUUCCACCCGUGUGGCAUAGGGAGCUCCUAAUGGCAAGGGAUCCACCUCGCAUUACAUGCAACCAUCCUGGAUACGAAAUGCAACUCCAAAACACCAAGGAAGGGACCAUCACUUCAUACGACAACAACAAGGUUCUUCGAUCCUUCUUCUUUGGACCCACUCAGAUAGCUGCCCUUCGUCGCUUGCUUCCCCAUCACCUUCAGCAUUGCUCCACAUUUGAUGUCAUCGCAGCGUGCUUUUGGCUUUGCCGCACAAAAGCAUUGCAAAUAGAGGCACAUGAGGACGUUCAAAUUAAGUGUUCUGUCAAUGCACGUGCUAGGUUCAAUCCUCCGUUACCUGUUGGUUAUUAUGGUAACGCUGCUGCAACCCCCGCAGCAGUCACCACUGCAGGGAAGCUUUGUGAAAAUCCAUUUGGUUAUGCUGUCGAGUUAAUAAAUAAUGUGAAAUGUGAGAUCACAGAAGAGUAUAUGCAUUCUCUGGCAGAUUUAAUUGCGAUUAAGGGACGAUACUCGUUGACAAAUGAAAGGACGUCUUGUUUUGUUUCAGACUUAAGACGCUUUAGUUUUAGAAAAACUAAUUUUGGGUGGGGCGAUGCUGUGUAUGGUGGACCGGCCAAGGGUGGGGGUGGGCUCUUAGCAACCACUCUUAUCCCCUAUAAGAAUGCAAAAGGAGAAGAAGGUAUAUUAUUACCAAUUUGGUUACCCUUCGAAGCUAUGAACAUAUUUGCCAAAGAACUGAACAUGCUUCAGAACCAAAACCAUCCUAAUGGAAGUGGCCCUCAUUUUGUCAUGUCUAACAUAUAGUUUGUA